CUUAUCCUCAACAGCUACCUAGAUACGUACCUAAUAUGUAAAAUCCGUAGCGCACCCGCCACAUUAGCCCCACCCAGCCGCAUAGAUUAGAUUUCGAACGGUGGCACCAGGGCUUCGCCUAAGCCCACAACUGAAUUGAUCUUUUUGCGCAAAGUGGAAUUUCUGACCUCGCAUCAUCAACCACAACGAGGAACCUUGACAAUUUCCCUUCAACCCACCACAACACCUCCCCUCCCCCCGACAAGCCUCACGAUGUCGCAGCCGAGCACACAGAAGACGUUCGGGAAGUCGACCCGGGAGGUCCCUCACCCUUCCCAGAAGGCCCAGAAGUGGUAUCCCGCCGACGAUGAUUCCAAGCCCAAGACUACCCGCAAGGCCCUCCGCCCCUGGACUCCGCGAAAGACUCUACAGCCCGGUACCGUGCUUAUCCUCCUGGCCGGCCGCUUCCGAGGCAAGCGAGUCGUUCUCCUGAAGACCCUCGAUUCGGGUGUUCUUCUCGUCACCGGCCCCUUCAAGAUCAACGGUGUCCCCCUACGACGAGUCAACGCGCGAUACGUCAUCGCUACCUCCUGCAAGGUCGACCUCGCCGGCUUAGAUCAGGCCAAGAUCGAUGAGGUCGCACAAGCCCAGUACUUCGCCCGGGACAAGGUAAAGGACAAGGCCACCGAGGACGCCUUCUUCAAGCAGGGCGAGAAGCCACAGAAGAAGGAGAUCAGCAGCACCCGAGCAGCGGACCAGAAGGCCAUCGACAAGGCUCUGAUCGCCAACAUCAAGAAGGUGGACCUGCUCCCCAGCUACCUUGCCAGCUCUUUCAGCCUCCGAAAGGGCGACAAGCCCCACGAGAUGCAGUGGUAGACUUGCGCUCGCCCGGGGGUUUCUAGGAGGAUAUGUUGCUUUUAGAGAAAAUUAACUUACAUGACUUUGCGGACGGCGGAUCGCGGAACUGGGCUGGCUCUGCCAAUUGCAUCUGGACGUUGAGGCAUCGGUCACAUUGAUUCUGGCGUCUGUAAUCGAGGUUCUAGUCAAUAAACGACUAUCAAGGCAAAAAACUAAAAAAAACUUGGAGUCGCGUGGACGAAGUUAUGUGCUACAUGUGUUACUAAUAUUUGCAAAAAGGCAAUCCAUAUUCACGGAUUGUUAAUUCCAUUACUGCGAGUGAGAUUUUGAGGCUUACGAGUCAGGGAACAGU